AUGAAGAUAACAAAGGGUCGCGGGUCGCUAGCCAGCGGCAGGCGGCGGUGUUCCAGGCUUCCUCGUUCGGUUUAGCUGAGGGUGUCGGCCUCCCGCCAGUCCCGCUCCAGAUGAAGUGUGAGCACUGCACACGGAAGGAAUGUAGUAAAAAAUCAAAAACUGAUGACCAUGAGAAUGUGUCCACUGAUUCAUCAAGUCCAGCCCAGGAGAAUGAAGAGAAGGGAGAAUUCCAUAAGCUGGCAGAUGCUAAGGUAUUUCUGAGUGACUGCCUGGCAUGUGACAGCUGUGUGACUGUGGAGGAAGGAGCCCAGCUUUCCCAGCAGAGUACCAAGGACUUCUUCCAUGUCUUGGAUCUUAAUAAGAAAUGUGACACCUCAAAGCACAGAGUGCUGGUCGUGUCUGUGUGUCCUCAGUCUCUGCCUUAUUUUGCUGCUAAAUUCAACCUCAGUGUCACCGAUGCAUCCAGAAGACUCUGUGGCUUCCUGAAAAGUCUUGGGGUGCACUAUGUAUUUGACACCACAAUCGCGGCAGAUUUCAGCAUCCUGGAGACUCAGAAGGAAUUUGUACGCCGGUAUCACCGACACAGUGAGGAGCAGCGUGAACUACCCAUGUUGACCUCUGCCUGUCCUGGUUGGGUCAGAUAUGCUGAGCGGGUAUUGGGCCCCCCAGUCAUCCCACAUCUCUGCACUGCCAAGUCCCCCCAGCAGGUCAUGGGCUCCUUGGUGAAGGAUUACUUUGCUAGAAAGCAGAAUCUGUCUCCAGAGAAAAUUUUCCAUGUUGUCGUGGCUCCUUGCUACGAUAAGAAGCUGGAAGCUCUUCGGGAGGGACUUUCCACCACUCUGAAUGGUGCCAGGGGCACUGACUGUGUGCUGACAUCAGGUGAAAUUGCUCAGAUAAUGGAGCAAAGUGACCUCUCUGUGAAGGAUACUGCUGUGGAUACUUUGUUUGGAGACGUGAAGGAGGCGGCAGUACAGCGUCACGAUGGAGUGAGCUCAGAUGGGCAUCUGGCCCACGUCUUCAGACAUGCAGCCAGGGAGUUGUUUGGCGAGCACGUGGAGGAGAUCACCUACCGUGCACUAAGAAACAAAGACUUCCAUGAGGUCACCCUUGAGAAGAACGGGGAGGUCUUACUGCGCUUUGCUGCGGCCUACGGCUUUCGCAACAUCCAGAACAUGAUCCUGAAGCUCAGGAAGGGCAAAUUCCCAUAUCACUUCGUGGAGGUCCUCGCAUGUCCCAGAGGAUGCUUAAAUGGCAGGGGCCAAGCCCAGACAGAGGACGGCCACACAGACCGUGCACUGCUGCAGCAAAUGGAAGGGAUCUACUCCGGCAUCCCUGUGCGGCCCCCAGAGAGCAGUGCGCAUGUGCAGGAGUUGUACCAGGAGUGGCUGGAGGGUACUGAGUCCCCCAAAGUCCAGGAGGUGCUGCACACCACAUACCAGAGCUUGGAGCCCCGCACAGACGGCUUGGAUAUCAAGUGGUGACGGAGCCGGGAGGGCAGGAGGGGGCAGCGCCGAGUGGAGAGCGGUGGAUGUUUCAUGAACAACGGGUCGCUCCGCGGCAUGCAGCUUCACGUGGUGCUACCUUUGUAGUGUGUGAGGAAGUGGAAUAUUUUCACAUGGAAAAAGCAUUUUCCCUCUCUGAGUAUCCUUUUAGCCCAGGAUUGUGAGAAAGACUCCAAAGAUGAGGCCAGGGACACGCCCCUGUCUUUCAGGGGUCUUGUUUGUUUGUUUGUUUUUUGUUUUUUAAAGAAUCCAAAAUGUAUUCAUUUUUUGUUUUCUGUUUUUUAAGAAAGGAUUUCUCUGUGUAGCCUGUCCUAAAACGUGCUCUGUAGACCAAGCUGGCCUCAAACUCUCAGAGAUCCAUUCACCUCUGCCUCCCAAGUGUUAGGAUUAAAGACGUGUGCCACCACUGCCCGGCUCCAAGUGCUAGGAUUAAAGGUCUGUUCCACCACCACCCAGCUCAAAAUAUGUUCUUAAAGAUUCUCAAGCCCCUGGAGUUGUGAUCCAUGAACCUCAGAGUAUUGCUGCCGAAAUGGAAGGGCCAGGCUGCUCUAUGGUGGAUAACUAUCGUUUCUACACAGGUCCAGUCUUCCUACCCAGUUUGACUCUUUUACUUGUACACAUUUUUUAAAAUAAUUUUGAAUUCUAGGGCCAGCAAGAAUGGCUUAUUGGUAACAACCUUAGUUUGACAAUUUCUUGGUGGAAGGAGAGACCACCUACCGUAAAUUAUCCUCUGACUUCCACACAGGCACCGAGCCUGUCUGCUUUGAGGUAGAUCCUCUUCAUAGCAGGGGAAAGGCUGAUGAGAACGACAGAUAUCUGCCGAGUGGAACACUUGCUUAACAUACAUGAGGGCCUGAUUUGAAUUAUUUUAAAAUAAAUGAGCCGAGAAUUAAGAGGGUAGCCUACUUACGCUUUGGGGUUCUAAGGGAGGUCCAGCUCAUCGGUUACCGUCAUGGGGCAGGAAGAUGCUGGUAGAAAGGGGAAACAGUGUCUCCACACAGAGAAGUAGCUGCCCAGAGGUAACCUCUACACAAUCACUUGACACAUGCCAGAGUUCAUCCAGGAGGUGAUGCCUGAAGAAACCCAGGCGGUUUUGUAAAGCACUUGGAUUUUGCUCAUGUAUGUAAUUGCCUUGACUCCUCAGUGCUGUUGGCUUUGGUUUGUUUUGUUGCUCCUGCGAGACUGACUAGGAGCAUAACUGAGUCUGUUGUAAACGCAGUUCUCAACCUGUGGCUCGCAACUCCCCCCCCCCAGGGGUUGCAUAUCGGAUAUCCUGCACAUCAGAUAUGUGUAUUAUGAUUCAUAACUGUAGCAAUAUUACAAUUAUGAAUUAGCUGUGGAAAUAAUUUUAUGGUUGGGAAUCAGAAUAACAUGAGGAACUGUAUUAAAGGGUUGUAGCCUUAGGAACAUUGAGAACCACUGUUAUAAAUUAUAAUUUUUUGCCUUCAGUCUAUAUACCUUGGUAUCUAUCCCUCAAAGUAACUGAUUAUGGAAUAAACAGUGCAGCAGGGUCUAAAUAUAGAGUUGAAGGGCCCAGAAGCUGUCCUACCUAUCCCAGAUUACAGCCUGCAGUAUGCCCCAGCCUGAAUGAUGUUACCUUGUUCCUGAGUCCCUUCCUGAUAGGUCAGGAGGAUGCCCAGCCAGCUCAGAACACUGAACUUCAAUGGUGGGAAGGGACUGACUUCCUAUCUGUGACAGCAGCUGAGGCUAGGUCUAAGAUAUGAGAUGGCUUCUGUUUUGCUGAUGCUAGGUUGUGGCCCUGUGAGCUUUUCAAGACUGCAAAUGGCUUUCCGUUCCUCCAUCAUAAUGGAAGGAUGAGCAGGGUGGUGGUGACACACGCCUGUAACCCCAGCACUCGGGAGGCAAAGGCAGAUGAAUCUCAAGUUCAAGACCAGCCUGGUCUAAAGAGCAAGUUCCAGGAUAGCCAGGGCUACACAGAGAAACCCUGUCUUGAAAAAAUCCAAAACAAAAAUGCAAAUAGUUUAAGCACAAAGUGAGACAAGACCUGGUCAAAGCAGCAUGACAGUUGUGGUCAGAGCAGACAGUGUCUUCUGAUGAGUGACUGGUUCCAGCAUGAGGAGACAACACAAUCCCAGUUCUUAUCUACUCAGUAUUCUGUUUCACGGCACCUAUGAUCUAGCACGGCAGAGGGCCAGUUUCUUAGUUUGUUUCCUACCUGACCUGAGCUGUAUUGGUUUAUGCCACUGUGGAUGACCAUGCUUAUACACGAUGAAAUUCUGUCACAAACAGCAAAUUUGGUUUCUAUUACAGGUAAUUUAGAAAUGGUUCUAUCAGGGUGGGGCCAUGGUUCAGGAGCAGACUGUGUGCCUAUCGUACCUGGCACUGGGUUCAUCCUCUGAAACCACAAAAGCAGAAAGUUGGUGGGGAAAGUUUCACUACAUUCUUUCUGGUAAUGUAUACGUGGGAUUGCUGUGAGAUUUGACCCAGCCUAUGUGCCCUACCCAUCACUGGUUGACAUUUGGGCUUGCCAGAUGCAUCGCAAGUGAGCCAGCUACACAAGUUGCAGUCGCAGCUGGCAGCUAAGCUGCAGGUACUGCCUUGGGUGCAGCACUCAUCUGAGGGGCACAGCUGGCUGGAAGGGUAAGGCAGGAAUAUGGCUUUUCUCCCACUUGGUAUACUACAUGUGGGUUCCGUUCUGCAGCUACAGAUGGGAAAUUACCUGAGGAAUUUACUUUGGCUUGUUACAGUCCAUUACAGCAGAGAAGACGCCUCAUACCUCACCUUCCAUGAAGCACAGUAUUUCCUGUGGAUGUGUCUCCUUGUAAAUACUAAGUUGAGAUGGAUGUGAACUGAGUGCAGCGUGUGUGUGUGUCUGUCUGUCUAAUGCUGGGAAUGGAACGCAGGCAAAAACUGAGCUACAUCUCUCUCACACACAUACAGACACACACACUUACUCUUUUUAUUUUGAGACAAGUUCUCAGUAAGUCACCCAAGCUGGCUUUGAACUCACUCUGUAGCCUGGGCUGGUCUUGAAGUUUCCAUUUUAAUCAUCCUACCUCUACUUCCCAAGUGCUAGGGUUAUAGAUGCAAGCUACCAUAACCUGUUUGUUUGUUUGCAUGUAUGUAUGUAUGUAUUUAUCGUUUUUCAAGACAGGGUUUCUCUGUGCAACAGCCCUGGCUGGCCUCAAACUCACAGAUAUUUGCCCUACCUCUGCCUCCUGUGUACUAGGAUGGAUUUAAGCCUGCACCACCACCACCCAGCCCAUACCCUGUUUAUACAGUGGAGGGACUGAAUCCAGAAUUUGGGGAUAUACUAGGCAGGCUUUCUGAUAACUGAGCUAUGUCCCCAGCUCUGUUUCUUCUCCUUAUCCCUUUCUUGUCCUCCCCUCUGCCCUUUUCUUUCUCCUUCCUUUCCCUUUCCACCCUUCCUUUUACCCACCCCCUACCCCCUGAUACCUAAUGCUGGCCUUGAACUCUGGCUCAAGGGAUCCACUCAGCCAACCAAGUAGCCGUGACUACAGGCUUACGUCACUGCUGGAGCAGUUUUAAUAGAGAACAUCUCAGGAUCAUACUUUUCCAGCCAGAUAUGGGGCAUACAUCUUUGAUCACAGCACUUAUAAGGUAAAGGUGGGUGAAUCUCUGGGUUGGAGGCCAGACUAGUUUACACAGUAAGUCUCAGACUAGCCAGAACUAAAUGGUGGAGACACUAUCUCAAAAAACAAAACAAAACCAAAACCCCCUUUCCUUCGGCCUUCCUCCCUGCUUCCUUUCUUCCACCUUUUAUUUUUUUUAAUAAUUUGUUCUUAUUUUAUGUGCAUUGGUGUUUUGCCUGCAUAUGUCUGUGUGAAGAUGUUGGAUCCCCUGUAAUUGAAGUUACAGACAGUUGCGAGCUGCCCAUGGGGGUGUUGGGAAUUGAACCUAGGUCCUCUGGAAGAGUGGCAAGCGCUCUUAACCGCUGAGCCACCUCUCCAGCCCCCCUUUUGUGUUUUUGAGACCUCUAUGUCCAGCUAGCCACAUUCACAUCUCCUCUUCCACCCACUUUCCCUGUCCCUCUCAUUGCCUUUCCCUUUGUAGCCAAUUCCCUCCGUUCUGUUUUGUUUUGAGAUACAGUCACAUUUAGGCAAGGCUUGCUUUGAACUCCUGAUUCUCCUGCCUCCAGCUCUCAAAUGCUGGGGUUACAGGAAAGCCACCGCCCAGUGAGAUUCUCCUUCAGAUCCUGGUAGUAAAUUUGGGGAUGGGGGUAGCCGGAGAGAUCGCUCAGCAGCUACUUUUCUAGAGGACCCAAGUUUGGUUCCAGGAUCCACAUCAGGUGACUUAACCACUUUUAACUAUGGCUCCAGGGAAACUGAUACCUUCUUCUGACCUCUGCAAGUAACCACGUGUACCUGGCACACACAAAAAAAUCUUAAACCAGCACUGGUGGCAGAGGCAGGUAGAUCUUUGUGGUUCAAGGUCAGCCUGAUCCACUUAGUGAGUUCCAGGUCUGCCAGGGCUACACGUGGGAUGAUCUCAAAAAAAGAAAUAAAAAAUAAAUAAAAUAAAAACAAAAAGCAACAAAAACCAAACCAGGCAAUGGCAGUGCAUUCCUUUAGUCCCAGCACUCAGGAGGCAGAGGCAGAUAAAUCUCAGUUUGAGGUCAGCCUGGUCUACAGAGCGAGUUCCUGGACAGACUCCAAAGCUACAGAAAAACCCUGUCUCAAAAACAAAACAAAAACCCCAAAGCAAACAAAGAGGAAGGCAAAACCCAGAAUAUUUUUUAAAAUUCAGUCUGCGAUGUAUAUUGUUCAGAUCAGGUAUUUCCCUGCCUGAGCACCGCAGAAGCAGGCGCGAUAAGCAAGUGCCUUUAUCCCAGCAUUUGGGGGGUGGCAUUAGAAUGAGAGUUCAAGGUCAUCCUCAAAACAUUCAGUAUUUUAGGGCAGCCUGGAGUAGAUUGAAAGGAAGAGAAGAAGGAAGCAAACCAUCUCCCAUAGUGUCUCACUAAUUUCUCUUCCCAGUCACUUCACGUCAUUGCCAGGUCUUUAUAAUGUCAGUCAAUUUUAGCCCCUCCAUCAGGUGUCAGGAUUUUGGGGGUUGGUUUGUUUGUUUUUGUUUUGUCUUUUUUUUUUUUUUUUUUUUUUUGAGACAGGGUUUCCCUGUGUAGCUUUGGAGCUCUGUAGAUGAGGUUGGCCUUGAACUCACAGAUAUCUGCCUGCCUCUACCUCAACACCACCCGGCAGGAUUUUUAUUUUACAUUUGUUUUUGGAGAAAGUAUUCCCAACUAUUGAGGUGAUACUAAACACACUUCUGCCAUUCUGUAGCUGUGUAUAAAGCAGUAAAUCAAAAUUUGCUGGAGUAUGCAUUAAAUUUCAGUACUUGGGAUGCAGAGAAAGGUGACUCUUGAGUUCCAAGCCAGUCAGGGCUACAUAGUGACACCCUGCAUAUGGAUCAAACUGAAAAUCAUCAAAGAUGCUCUAUGUCUUGCAGGAUCAAACAUUCAGCAUAUGGAGCAACUGAAAACCAUCAAAGAUGCUCUGUGUCCUGGAGGAUCAAAUACUCAGCUGGGUGGGGGUGGGGCAUAGGAGGAAGUAUACGCGGGUGGAUCCUGGGGACUCACUGGUCAGCCAGCCUUGCCCAAAAGGUGAACUCCAGGUUCAUUGAGAGACCUUGCCUCACAAAAAGACAAGGAAAAUAAACAUUGGGGAAGACAUCCUGACAUCAGUCCCUGGUGUCCACACAUCCUGCAAGAGAGAAGCAUUCACUCUUAUAAAAUACGUGUAUAUAUAACUAGACAAGCACACGGACCCUAUUAGUAUGCAAAUUUGCUUUAUGCUAAUAAAAGCUAAACAUGUACGUUGAAUAA